AUUAUCUUUAUUUGCUAUCGGAAAGCCAUGUAGGGCGCAUGUGUGGUACGUCGUUUAUUAUAACAGUAUUAUUUUAUAAUUGUGCAACACAGUGUCUAGUUGUUAAAAACGUUCAGUGAAACUUUACACUAUGGUUAGUGAAAAGAAAAAUAUUGAGAAAGAAAAAAUGAAAGCAACGCCGAAAGAUGCGCCGGGAAGACUCGCACGAUUGUUUUUUUUGUGGACUUUUCCAUAUUUUUAUAAUGGGAAUCGACGUGAUCUAGAAGAAGAGGACUUAGUUCCAACUACACCUGACUAUUAUUCUAGGACAGUUGGUGAUAAAUUAGAAAGAAAUUGGUUAAUAGAAGAGGCAAACGCAAAGGCUAAUGGAAGAAAGCCUUCAUUGGUUAAAGCUCUUACAAAGACGUUCUUUUGGUCUUUUAUACCAGGAGGCAUCUCUCAACUUUUAUCUGUUGGUAUUAGGACGGCAGUACCCCUUCUAUUCGCCGAACUUCUGACUUACUGGUCCGUGAAUUCAACAACAAGUAAAGCAACGGCCUCUUACUAUGCCAUAGGCAUGAUAUUGGGCAACUGGGUGGCAGCUUUCUUCGGACAUCACGGCAAUUUCCUGUGCCAACAAUUCGGAAUGAAACUUAGAGUGGCUAUCAGUUCUUUAAUGUUUAGAAAGAUAAUGCGUAUGAACAACGGCGCUUUGGGUGAGACGACUGCGGGUAAGGUCGUGAACUUACUAUCAAACGACCUGCAGCGCUUUGAUCUGGCAUUCCUCUUCCUGCACUACAUCUGGAUCAUUCCCCUGCAGCUGGCGGCUGUAUGCUACCUUGGGUACAUGCAGGCCGGCUACGCAGCCCUGAUCGGCUUAGCGGCAUUACUUAUCAUAGCUUUGCCAAUACAAGGUUUACUUGGAAACUUUCUUGGAAGGGUCAGGUUCCGGACUGCAGUGAAGACAGAUGCUCGUGUUAAAUUAAUGAGUGAAGUAAUAAAUGGAAUACAGGUUAUCAAAAUGUAUGCAUGGGAAAUUCCAUUUGAAAAAGUGGUGUCUGAAAAGCGAAGAGACGAAUUAAAACAAAUCAGAAUAGCAUCAAGUUUGAGAGUUAUUUUCCUCGGGUUCAUGGUGUUCACGGAAAGAGCAGCUCUCUUCAUAACAGUUCUUGCUCUUGUUUUAUUCGGGAAUGUCAUGACUGCUAAUGUCAUAUACCCGUUGCAACAAUUUCUUAACACUGCACAAAUUAACGUAACGUUAAUUCUACCACUUGUAUUGACAUUUACUAUCGAAUUGUUUGUUUCAUUAAGAAGAGUAGAAGAGUUCCUUGCUUUAGAAGACAGACUUGAUUUGAUCAAAACAGAAAUGACAACACCAACGUUGUUCCGGAACAUCUCGGGGAGCUUCAGGGAUGAAGGCAAAGAGUCCAGUGUUAGACCUCUUUCAUACCAACCCAAGUCGGAACUAAUGUCAGAACAGUUCUCUAGUAAUGGUUUCGUACCAACGGGGAGGAAGUUCCGUAGAAGCCUAUCACAGCCGAAUUAUGACUUAGCAGUGGAAUUGCGAGACGUAAGCGCCAGUUGGACCGGUGACCCCAAUUUCUUGGCACUGAAGAACAUUUCCUUACGCAUACGCAAGGGGAAGUUUUGCGCAAUCAUAGGGGCCGUGGGGUCAGGCAAGUCCUCCAUCUUGCAAUUAUUACUGAAGGAAUUGCCUGCAGCAACCGGCAGCGUGUCCGUAUUCGGCAGUGUCUCUUACGCCAGCCAAGAGGCGUGGCUGUUUCCAAGUACAGUCAGAGAAAACAUUCUCUUCGGCAAACCUUUUGACAAACAGAAAUAUCAACAUGUAUGCCGAGUCUGUGCUUUGGAGAAGGAUUUCAAGCAAUUUCCUUACGGCGACCAAACGCUAGUGGGUGAGAGGGGGGUGUCCCUGUCAGGGGGACAGCGCGCUAGAAUCAAUUUGGCCCGCGCCGUCUACAGACAAGCCGAUAUUUACUUACUCGAUGAUCCGCUCUCUGCGGUAGACGCAAACGUAGGCCGUCAGCUCUUCGAUGGUUGCAUAAAUGGAUAUUUACGCGGCACUACAAGAAUUCUCGUCACUCAUCAAAUCCACUUCCUCAAGGCAGCUGAUUUAAUUAUUGUUUUGAGCGAGGGCGGGAUUGAAAACAUGGGAUCUUUCGAUGAGUUGGUCUCUUCGGGUAAGGACUUCGCUAUGCUACUCUCCGCACUGCAAGAAGGCAAAGAGAAAGAUGAUAGUACUCUCACAAAAAGUGAUGAAAAAUCAAGACCAGCAUUGUUGAAAGCUAUAUCAAUUAACGAAGGAGAUGAACAAGCACAAUUUGAAGAACAAAAAAUGGCGGCCGAAGAAAGACAAUCUGGAAAUCUUCGCUGGGAAGUUGUUUCAACGUAUUUCAAAGCCGGUGGUAACAUAUUCUUUGUCAUGUUUACCUUCGUCAUGGUUCUGAUGACAGCGGUCUCGGCGGGUGUUGUUGAUUACUGGGUCAGCUUCUGGACUAAUCAGAUGGCAGCCUAUGAAGAAGAAGUUGGUGCAGAUAUGGAACCUGGCUUGGAUGUGCAAGUUGGUCCUUUGACGACAGGACAAUAUUUAAUUACACACGGCUGUCUAGUUCUAGCCACCAUAUUGAUUACUAAUUUCCGAGCCAUACCUUUUGUUCAAUUGUGUAUUAAUGCCUCGAAAUGGCUACAUGAUACGAUGUUUUCUACAAUGUUACGAGGCAUCAUGAGAUUCUUUGAUACUAGCUCUUCAGGCCGAAUCCUCAACCGUUUCACAAAAGACAUCGGUGCAGUGGAUGAAAUAUUACCGAGAACUUUACUGGAUGUACUACAAAUCUACGGAACUUUGAUUGCAAUCCUCGUACUUAAUGCUAUAGCAUUAUACUGGACACUGGUACCAUCAGCUGUGCUUCUCGUUUUGUUCUUAUUUUUCGUGAGAAUAUACACUAAAGCCGCCCAAGGAGUAAAGCGACUGGAGAGUGUCACCAAAAGUCCGGUAUUUGGUAUGGUUACAUCUUCACUAAAUGGUAUUGCAACUAUAAGAUGCUGUGGUGCCCAGGACCGACUCAUUGUUGACUUCGACGCACAUCAGGAUCUACACUCAUCCGCAUGGUACGGCUACUUGGGUGGUGGAGUCACAUUUGGAUUUUAUUUGGAUACAAUGUGUCUUAUUUACAUGACUACGAUCAUCUUUGUCUUCAUAUACAUUGAUUUUGGCAACAUCAUAGCGGUGGGCAGUGUGGGCCUGGCGGUGACGCAGAGCAACACAUUGACCGCCAUGCUGCAGCACGGCGCGCGCAUGUUAGUCGAGUAUGUGGCGCAACUCACCAGUGUUGAACGAGUGUUAGACUACACUAAAGUUGAGACCGAACGGAACCUAUUCGAUGGACCGUCUCCCAUCCCUCCGACUUGGCCCGCGGAAGGAAGGAUCGUGUUUCAAAACGUGAGCCUUCGUUACGCUCCCGACGAAGCACCCGUGCUCAAGAAUUUGAAUUUGGAAAUAGAGAGCGGCUGGAAGGUCGGCAUUGUGGGCAGAACUGGUGCGGGAAAAUCGUCUCUGAUAUCAGCAUUAUUUAGAUUUUCCUUCAUCGACGGGAAAAUAUCGAUUGAUGGAAUCGAUACGGCUAUGAUUGCCAAACAGGGAUUACGUUCUAAAAUAUCCAUCAUCCCACAAGAACCGGUCUUAUUUUCUGCCACAAUUAGAUACAAUCUUGACCCAUUUAACAUCUACAGCGACGACGACCUCUGGAGAGCUCUAGAGCAGGUUGAUAUGAAAUCGGCUGUUCCUUCGUUAGACUUCAAGGUGACCGAAGGAGGUGCGAACUUCUCGGUCGGUCAGAGACAACUUAUGUGUUUGGCCCGGGCGGUUUUGCGCUCAAAUAAAAUAUUGAUAAUGGAUGAAGCCACUGCCAAUGUUGAUCCACAGACGGAUAAUUUUAUUCAACAAACGAUACGUCGUCAAUUCGCGUCAUGCACGGUGCUGACGAUAGCUCAUCGACUAAAUACGAUCAUGGAUUCGGACCGUGUCCUCGUCAUGAGCAGUGGCUGCAUCGCUGAAUUCGAUCACCCAUACAUUUUGCUCUCGGAUCCCAACAGCGCUUUCUCGUCGAUGGUGCGCGAGACGGGAGAAAAGAACAGUCGUCAGUUAUUCGAAGUUGCCAAAGAAGCGUAUUCAAAAAAUAAUCUAAAACAGAAUUUAAGAUGAUCAAUAACGCAUUGCCUGUAAAUGAGUUAUAGUGUCCAAAGAAUAUUCAGAGUAUGUGUUUGAAGCGCAUUUAAAAUUGAAUUGUGUAAAUAGGUUAAGUUUUAGCAUGUGA